ACCCGAAAGUAGAAAAUGGCGGAGCCUUCCAUGGGAAGCUCAAGCCCAGGGGGUUCAGCAGGCUCGGAGGACCAUGAUUUUGACCCAUCUGUUGAUAUGUUGGUGCAUGAUUUUGAUGAUGAGAGAACACUUGAGGAGGAGGAAAUGAUGGAAGGUGACAACAAUUUCAGCUCGGAAAUUGAAGAUCUUGAAAGAGAAGGGGAAAUGCCAAUUCAAGAUUUAUUGGCUUUGUAUGGUUAUGGAAAAACAAUACCAUUCCCUGGUGAAGAUGAAGAAGAUGAUGAGGACGAUGAGGAAGAAGAUGAUGAUGAAGCAGAGGAUGAUGAUGAUGGGGAUGAAGGCGAUAACGAAGAAAAUAGUGGAAGUAGUGAAGUUCCAGAGACAGAGGACUUACCCGACAUAAGUAUAAAUCAGCAGGAAGUACUAAAGAAUUCAUGUGGACAUGAAGAUGAAACUCAGUCUUCCAAUGAUGACCUUGUACCAUUGAUGACCUCACAAGAUGUACAGGAGAUGAUCCGCCCACGCAGAUGUAAAUACUUAGACAUAGGCAAUGAAGGAGAAGAGGAAUCUGAAGAUGAUGAAGAUUAUGUGCCCUCAGAGGACUGGAAAAAGGAGAUCAUGGUGGGCUCCCAGUACCAGGCUGAUGUUCCUAUAGGCUUUUAUAAGUACAAAGAGAAUGAAAAGGUAUAUGAGAAUGAAGACCAGUUGUUGUGGAAUCCUGAUUUUCUGCCUGAGAAUAAAGUGGUGGAAUUUCUUUGUGAUGCUAGUAAGCGUACGGGUGAGGAGAAGGGAUUGGAUGCAAUACCAGAAGGCUCGCAUAUAAAAGACAAUGAACAGGCAUUGUAUGAAUUGGUUAAGUGCAACUUUGAUACAGAUGAGGCACUGCGAAGAUUGAGAUUUAAUGUGAAAGCAGCCAGAGAAGAACUCUCUAUUUGGAGUGAAGAAGAGUGUAGGAAUUUUGAACAGGGUCUCAAGGCAUAUGGGAAAGAUUUCCAUUUGAUCCAGGCCAACAAGGUGAGAACACGGUCAGUAGGGGAUUGUGUAGCAUUUUAUUACAUGUGGAAGAAGUCUGAGCGUUAUGAUUUUUUUGCACAACAGACUAGGUUUGGAAAAAAGAAAUACAAUCUUCAUCCAGGAGUUACGGAUUACAUGGACCGACUCCUGGAUGAAACUGAGAGUACAGCUUCCAGUUGUGCACCUUCCCCGCCUCCAACCACCUCAACCAGCAGCAGCAGCCAGACAGAAAGGGAAGAUAAUGCUACAAUAGGAAGUAAUACAAACGGAGUGAAUGCUAAUGGUUCAGCUGAGACGUCAGAUCAGUGGCAUGAUUAUGGUGAAGUCAAGGAACUAAACUACAAUGGGCCUGUCAAUAGUUCCACAAUUUCAGGACCUGCAAAAAUGAGCACAAAUGGCUGUGAGAAAGAUGAUGGAUUCUGUGAUCUCAGUCUGGUAAAUGCGCAGAAUGAGAAUGAUGAGUUUGAAUCAAAUUGUGAAAUCCCAGCCAAGAGUCUGAAAACAGAAGAUGACACUGAAAUUGAGAAGAACAAUGCAGAUAUAUCAGAAGCAAGCUUGCAUGUGAAAUCUGAUGUUUCUGAGAAUUUGAUUCUGUCUGAUUCCAGACAUCAAAUGCCUGUUGAAUUGGAUGCUCAACAAAUCUAGAAAAAAUGUAUUUACCUGCUUUUUGUCAUCUUGGGGAAGAAAAAACCUGGUUUAAUAAUUGGGUUGGUUUGUAUAAAUUCAGUCAUUGACAUCAGUGAUGUCCUUUUUAUAUAUAUAUAUAUCUAUAUAUGUUAAUAUAUAUAUAUAUGUAAAAAUUCUUAUUAUGUGGGCUCAAAAUACGCUCUGUAUUUUUGCCAUAUUUCUACAUAGAAUUUGGAAGGAUUUUUUGAAUAAAUACUUGUUCCUUGCAUUCAUUUGUGUAAAAUUUGUACAGUUGCUAAGCUUUAUCGUGGAAGGGGAAAAAUAAUAAAUAUACCAAGAGUCUAAUUAUGUUUGAUUCAUUCCAUUUUGGUACAACUUUUUUAAAUUAUUAAAAUGAUGGAAUGUUUAAAAUAUUUAAAAGGUAGUGGUUUUACACUGUCUGCAGUUGUUGUUGGGGUCAUAGUUUUUACAAGUCAAAUUCAUUGAAGCUUUUUGUAUGCUAUUGUAUUACUGCAGCAAAAUUUUCAGCUUGAAUAUAAAAUAUUGUCCCUCAGUAUUGCUGAGUCACAGUCCUGAUUAUAUGCUGCAUUUUAUUGAUAUUUUUGAUACGACAGCUACAACAUGUUGAGAUGCAUGUUACAAAAUAAAAUUGUGCAAAAACCCAAU